AGGAAUCCCCCCGAGGAACGCGACACGGUGAUUGUCCGGAAGCGGCAGACACGACUCUUCAAUUCCACUCAACUGGCAUCCCCGUCUCACCUUUCUGACGCAACCAUGUCGGCGACGACGACGAACCCCACAUCCCUUGUCUCCCUUGUAAUUAAACAAGUGAUCAGCUGGCUAGGGGCCGAUCUCUCGCAGCAGCCACCAACUGUCCCGCUGACACCUCUCAUUGUCGGAUUGACAGGGCCGCAAGGGAUAGGAAAGACCACCCUUGUACGGCAAGUCGUGCAAACUCUAAAUAACCCACCUUACAACCUAAAAGCAACACAUUUUAGCCUUGAUGACCUCUACUAUCCCCAUGCCACCUUGCAAGACAUUGCAAACCAUAAUGCAGAUAACCCCCUUUUGCAGUGGAGGGGAAACCCCGGUACGCACGACAUCGCUUUGGGUGAGCAAGUAUUGGAGGCGUUCAAGAGGGGCAACCAAACCAAGAAGGACAUACACAUACCUGUGUACGACAAGUCUCUAAAUAACGGCAGGGGCGAUCGGAUUGACCAGGCACAUUGGAAAAAGGCUCAACCUCCUUUCCAUCUUAUCAUUCUGGAAGGAUGGUGUUUAGGCUUUACCCCACCAACCGAUAUCACCCCUCUUUACAACUCCGACACAGUUCCGGACACCUCCCUCCUACCUGCCUUUCCGCACUUGCGCGCUCACUCUGUAGAGCAUAUACAAACCGUCCUCGAACACCUGACACACCAACAGCGUCUGACAAAGUACAUGGAUGCUCUGAUACAUAUUCACCCAUCAUCUCUGUCUCAUGUUUACACCUGGCGUCUGGAGCAAGAGCAUACCAUGAAGGCAUCGAAUGGUGGAUAUGGUAUGUCGGAUCAAGAGGUUAAAGAGUUUGUCGAUAUGUUCAUGCCACUUUACGCGGCUUGUUUGCCUGGGUUAUUAGAGAGAGGAUGGCAGGGGGGACAUUAUUUAAGGGUCACACUUGACGAGCGUAGAGAGAUACUGGACGUUAAUGGCUCAUGAUCACCAUUACACCAAAUAUUUUCCUCUUUCAGGAAGUUCAUGUACCAUAGCAAAGCAUGUACCUAGUUUCUGUGAAUAUCGGUGCCAAUCCAUAUUCAUCAGUAUCUGUCUUCAUGUAGAUUACGGCAAGAAUGGCUAUUGAAUGCACUAAAAGCUUGUCAAAUCUAGUUCGAAUAUAGAUAACAUAAAUAAUUCACUAAUCAGCAACGGAAACAGGAUUCCAUUCAA